AUCUGCACACAAACAUAAAAGACGAGCUGGCUCACAAAGGCUGCUGCUUUAUAGUGUUCCGGUGUUUUUUGACACCGCUAAGGUCAUGUGACGGCGUUGUCAGCUGUGCGUCGUCAACAUGGUGAUCUUCAGUGUGUAUCUGGUGAACAAGGCUGGAGGUUUAAUUUACCAAUACGACAACUAUGUUCCGAGGGCGGAGGCGGAGAAGACCUUCAGCUUCCCGCUGGACCUGGUGCUCAAACACCACGAUGAAAAAGUGGUCGUUUCGUUCGGACAACGGGACGGAAUCAGAGUGGGACAUGCAGUGCUGUCCAUCAAUGGAGCCGAUGUGAUUGGAAAGAACACAGCAGAAGGAAAGGACAUCCUGGAGUACUUGAGAGACGCCUCAAACUAUCCUGUGUCUAUUCGAUUUGGACGCGCCCGCCUAAGCUCCAACGAGAAGCUGAUGCUGGCAUCCAUGUUUCACUCGUUGUUUGCUAUAGGUUCACAGCUGUCUCCAGAUGCUGGCAGCUCGGGGAUCGAGAUGCUGGAAACAGACGUCUUCAAACUCCACUGCUUCCAGACUCUCACAGGGAUAAAGUUCAUUGUGCUGGCUGACCCUCGACAAACCGGCAUUGAUGCACUGUUGAGGAAGAUUUAUGAAAUCUAUUCUGAUUUUGCCCUGAAGAACCCGUUCUACUCUCUGGAAAUGCCUAUCAGGUGUGAACUCUUUGAUCAGAAUCUGAAGAGCUCGCUGGAGAUCGCAGAGAAAGCCGGCAACUUCGGAGCUGGAUCUUGAAGCAGGAAACAACAUGAAUCGGAUUGUUUCACGAUCACAAGAGGUUUAGUGAAUUUCGAUGACGGAGGACCUAGUUGAGGGAAAUUAAGUGGAUUCUCUUCAUUCCUUUUGGAACUGGGAUGUGAUACAUUGUAAAUACAUGUUUUGUAAAUACUUGAAAAGAUUAAACCCACGUGUGUUAAUA